AAGUAAAUAAACUUACCCCCGUCUUCGCUGUCAUCGUCGUCCACCUCGGCCUCUCUUUCUCGCUUCAGAGACACCAUCGCAGCAGUUAGCUUGCAAGCUGAAAGCCGAAACAGCAGAAAAGGCACAACUUUAUUUGGAAUAGAUGAAUGGGUCACUCACCGUGCGCGUCGAAACUCGCGGUGAUUGUACGUUGCGGACGCAAUUGGACAAAAAUCUAUCCCAGAGUUUGAAGCUACAUCGGUCCUUGAGCUGCUAUGUGCCAAAACCAACAUGAUAACUAGCAGAUUUUUGUCAGUAUAGUUUUCUGCUUUUAUUGAAUGUUUUUCAUUCAUUUGUAAAUCCCCUUCAAAACAAAGUGUUUUUUUUUUGUUUUGUUUUUAGCUAACAUUAAUUUAUGAUCUCCGGGAGUGUUACAGUUGGACAACAAAUUACAAUUAGCUAGCACAUAGCUUUUUGUCAGCGCUUUGGUUGAGACUUGUAGUCAUUAGCACUACUGGCUCAUAAAUACUGUCCAUAUAUUGGAGCUGUCUGUUGAAAUGGAUAUUUUGAGAGAUGAUGAAGUGCAUGAGCUGAGAUACAAACCUGGGGGCCGUUUGGAUAUGAGCCACGGCUUCCUGCACCAUAUCCGGAGGAACCAGAUUGCGAGAGAUGACUAUGAUAAAGAGGUGAAGCAAGCCAAAGAGCUUCAGCGGCGGAGACACACCACAACUCCCAGACGACCCCGUCGACCUGACAUUCAAGUGUACCAUCCGCGAAGGAGAUAUGGAUCAGAGCCGGGGGCCGGUGUUGAGGCUGAAGAGUGGAACGAGAGUGGAUCAAGCACAGAGACUGAGACCCACGGGACUGAACUCUUCUGGCUUGACUAUCAGGCGGACUCUGGUACCAUUACAUCCUUCCUUGUGCACAAGGAUGAUAAGCCUGAGAAGGUAGUGGAACAUGUUGCAGAAAAGAACAUCUUGGAUUCAUCCAUGAGGGCAGCUCUGGUGGCUCGGAUUCGAAAGGAGAUGGACAAACGACGGGACAAACGCUGAGAGAUAUCAAAAGCGUGAAUGUUAUGUCAAAGGGGCUACAGGCAAAGGCCUUUGGAAUAAUAUUUCAUUCGCAGUUCUGUGCUCCUCCAAAGCAUUAAUGCUGUUGACGGUGUGGAGGGCAUAGUAAGGAAUUGGAUCCUGUACAGAGACUGUCAGCAGAGAUCCAGUGUGUUGUCCCAAAAUCAGGAUGAGUCUUCUGUUAUUAAAGGAGAAGGAACAGCACUUACCAUAAACAGUACGGAUGGGAGUUGACUGUCAUGUUCAUGUUUACUUCAUUUUACUCACCUUGUGCUGUUAGGUCAUACCCUGAUUCAUAAUACAUUGUAACACCUUCAACUUAACUGGAUGUAUAAAAUUAUGUUGUUGUUUUCUCACAGUUAAAUUCAGAAAGGAGCAGGUACUCUUGUUGUUAAGGCUCCUCCUCCACUGAACAUGUCCUGUGUUUCUUGUGUUUACAAAAAUGUAGUUUUUAUAAGUAAGAUUUAAACUAAUUUGAUAAAUUGCUUUGAAUGGAUCAUUUGUCAGUCUAUCAGCGAUCUUAAGUCUAGAAAUGUGAAAAUUUAGUUUUGUUUCUUAUUGAGUUAGAUACUUUAGUGGCUGUAGCCAAGAUAAUCUGUUUGUCUGGCAACUGUGUCUCAUUGUUUUCAGUAUUCUAAUUUAUUUGGUGUUUUUGAAAGACUUUUAUUUUUGAUACUGUAAUAUUUUUUUUAGGACAGAACUCUUAUACAAUGCAUAUACAAAGACAUAUACAUUAAAAAAAAACAUUUAUUACUGUCAAAUGAG